UUCAUCUCAACUGGAUUUGAAACAACAGGAAAAACAACAAUAAUAAUAAUGAGAAUAGCAAAAAUAAACAAAGAAAAACAAAAGCAAAACCAAACCACGCCUGCAGAACAAGAACACACUUAAGAAACCUUAUUCACACAGUAGUUAGACAGGUGUGUGUAAGCACAGGUUGGAAUGCUGCUCUCAACUGGAUUUCUUAGUCUCUAUUGACACAGCAGUUGUCCAAAAUACAAAUAAAAUCUUUUUUUAAACAAAAAAAGCUAACUUGUUUCUGCUUUCCUGUUUGUCUUUUCUACCCAACUUCAGUUAAAGCAGGGUCAGCGUUCUGUCAGGAGAACAAAUUUUUAUUCAAAUUCUGACCACCAACAACAUCAAGAGACUCUGGCAUAUACCGUUAACCAUGGCUGUCGUCUUAACUUUCCUUCUUCUCAUUCUGGCUUCAGCAGAAUGCCGUGAAAUGUGUUAUAACUGCCAGUACACGAUCACCUCAACCAAACAAGGUAUAGAGUGUAGCGAUCACUUCAAUGAAACAUCUAAAAUGUACCGAUGUCAAUAUUCUUGUCUCAUAAGAACUUUGAGAAACACAGUUACUAAAACAAUAACAUCAACCUUCCGUGGUUGCGCUGAACAUGGAAAGAGUGGAUGUGAUGAUAUUAAUGGCGUGACACAAUGUUCUUACUCGUGCGAUAAAGAUUUAUGCAACACCAUGAGUAUUGACGAACUUGAAGAGAAAUAUGGUGUGAAGGAUGGAACAAAUGUAAUAUAUGGCAAUAAUUUCAUAAUUGUUAUUGCUUUUCUUAUUCUGAACUUUAUCAGCUUUCUAAAACUAUCUUAGUUCUUAACCCUCAGGUUACCAUAUUUCUGUUGAAUACAUUUCCUUUAUUUCAAUUCUUUUUAGAAAAUAAUAAAGAUUUAAGUGAAAUAA